AUGACGUCAUCGCCAAUGCAAUUAAAAUCUCUCGCCCGCACUGUGCGCGUGCCACCACUCCACGCUCGCAGACCUGAAGUCAGCGCUAGAGCUCCGAAAAGAAGCAACAGAGCUCAAUUUAACAUCAUUACUGAACAACAAGCGGCUUCAGACAAACAAACAGACACCAUGGGCAAAAAGUACGACCUAAAGACGGAGGAAAGACAAGAAAGUCCAAAUGGAGACCUAAGUGGAGAAAAAAAGGGAAAGAAAGAAAAGAAACCUGCCCCAGAACCAAUGGUGGGAGUGUUUGAAAUAUUUCGCUUUGCUGACAGCGUGGACAUUCUUCUGAUGUUGGUUGGAACCAUUAUGGCUAUAGCCAAUGGAGCAGUGCUUCCUGCUAUGGUGAUUGUAUUUGGAGAAAUGACAAACAGCUUUGUGGACAACAGUAUAUUAGAGGGCCUGCAUCCAAACUUUACUUUAAACCCGAACUUCACCUAUCAAUUUUCCAAUCAAACACUCGGAGAACAGAUGACAAGGCAUGCCAUUUACUACAGCAUCAUGGGAGGUAUAGUCCUUUUUGCAGCCUACAUGCAGGUGGCCUUCUGGACCCUGGCUGCAGGGCGACAAGUGAAGAGGCUCCGAACGAUCUUCUUUCACUCCAUCCUCAAACAGGACAUUGGUUGGUUUGAUGUCAACGAGACAGGACAGCUCAGUACACGUCUCGCAGAUGACAUCUUUAAGAUAAAUGAAGGCAUUGCAGACAAGUUGGGCACAUUAAUUCAGUCCCUCUCCACCUUUUUAACGGGCUUCAUCAUUGGCUUUAUCAAAGGCUGGAAACUCACCCUGGUCAUAAUCGCUAUAAGCCCCCUGUUAGGCAUCUCGGCCGCCGUCAUUACCAAGGUAAUGACCUCGUUCACCUCGAGGGAGCAGACGGCAUAUGCGAAGGCUGGAGCUGUAGCUGAAGAGGUGCUGUCUGCCAUCAGAACUGUCUUUGCCUUUGGAGGACAGAAGAAGGAAAUGAAGAGGUAUCAGAAAAACCUGGAAGAUGCCAAGAAUGUUGGUAUAAAGAAAGCUAUUACAGUAAAUAUCGCUGUGGGAUUCACAUACUUCAUGAUCUAUGUGUCCUACGCGCUGGCCUUCUGGUAUGGCAGCACAUUGAUUUUCGCUGGAGAGUAUGACGUAGGAACACUUCUGACAGUUUUUUUUGCUGUCGUAAUUGGAGCAUUCGGCCUUGGCCAGACCUCUCCUAACAUUCAGUCGUUUUCUAGUGCACGAGGGGCUGCUCACAAGGUUUUUAACAUCAUCGAUCAUAAACCCAGCAUCAACAGUUUCUCAGAUGAAGGUUACAAACCUGAUGUGGUCAAAGGAAACAUCGAGUUCAAAGACAUUCACUUCAGCUACCCCUCGCGGCAGGACGUUAAAGUCCUAAAUGGCAUGAAUCUGAAGAUCAGCAGUGGACAGACUAUUGCUCUCGUAGGUAGCAGCGGUUGUGGUAAAAGUACAACAGUCCAACUGAUUCAGCGCUUCUACGACCCCCAAGAAGGAUCAGUGAGUAUCGAUGGCCAUGACAUUCGCACUCUGCAUGUGCGCAGUCUGAGGGAGAUGAUCGGCGUUGUGAGUCAGGAGCCCGUACUUUUUGCCACCACAAUCGCCGAGAACAUUCGAUACGGCCGUCAGGAUGUGACACAGGAGGAGAUAGAGCAGGCCACACGGGAGGCCAAUGCCUAUGAUUUCAUCAUGAAACUUCCUGACAAAUUUGAGACUCUGGUGGGUGACAGAGGCACUCAAAUGAGCGGAGGACAGAAACAGCGAAUUGCCAUCGCCCGAGCUCUUGUGCGCAAUCCCAGAAUCCUUCUGCUGGAUGAGGCAACAUCCGCUCUCGACACUGAAAGUGAGGCGAUUGUACAAGCAGCCCUGGAUAAGGUGAGACUUGGCAGGACGACCAUCAUAGUGGCGCACCGUUUGUCCACUAUCCGCAAUGCUGAUGUCAUCGCUGGAUUCCAGAACGGGAACAUCGUAGAGCUUGGCACACACGACGAACUGAUGCAGAAAAAGGGAGUCUACCACUCACUGGUCACUAUGCAGACGUUUAACAGCACAGAUGCCACAGAAGAGUUUAAAGCAGAGGAGGUAGGGCUGGAUGAGAAGAGCCCCUCUGCCUCCUCUAUGACGGAACACACACUCUACAGACAGAAAUCCAAGAGUUUCAUUGGCUCAGAGAAAGGCCAGGAAAAUGCACACAAAGAUUCAGUACAGGAGGAAAAGGUCCCAGAAGUGUCAUUCUUCAAAGUACUGAGUCUGAAUAAGGCAGAAUGGCCCUACAUGGUGGUGGGCAUCUUCUGUGCGAUCAUCAAUGGAGGCCUGCAGCCGGCUUUUGCUAUUAUCUUCUCCAAAAUUGUUGCUGUGUUUGCUGAGCCUGAUGAGAACGUUCGAAGGGAAAGGGCGAAUCUCUUCUCAUUGCUGUUUGCUGUCAUUGGGGUCGUUUCUUUCAUCGCUCUUUUCUUACAGGGUUUCUGUUUUGGUAAAGCUGGCGAGAUUCUGACCAUGAAACUGAGGUCCAGAGCCUUUAAAUCCAUGAUGAGACAGGACCUAGGUUGGUAUGAUAAUCCUAAGAAUAGUGUGGGAGCACUGACCACCAGACUGGCCACAGACACUGCUCAAGUGCAGGGGGCAACAGGGUUGAGACUGGCCACAUUGGCUCAGAAUGUGGCAAACCUUGGCACUGCAAUCAUCAUUUCGUUUGUGUACGGCUGGCAGCUCACCCUCCUCAUCCUCUCCAUUGUGCCAGCUAUUGCCGUAGCAGGGGCUAUCCAGAUGAAGUUGUUAGGAGGCCAUGCCACAAAGGACAAGAAGGAGUUAGAGCAAGCUGGAAAGAUUGCCACUGAAGCCAUAGAAAAUAUCCGCACAGUCGUAUCACUGACCAGAGAGAGGAAGUUUGAGAACAUUUACCAGGAGAACCUGAUUUUACCAUACAAGAACGCUCAGAAGAAGGCACAUAUCUUUGGCUUUACAUUCUCUUUCUCCCAAGCCAUGAUCUACUUUGCCUAUGCGGGCUGCUUCAAGUUCGGUGCAUGGCUCAUUGAGCAGAAAAUGAUGACAUUUGAGGGAGUUUUUCUUGUAAUCUCAGCUAUAAUAUAUGGAGCCAUGGCAAUGGGAGAAGCCAACUCAUUUACUCCAAACUACGCCAAGGCUAAGAUGUCAGCCUCGCAUAUCCUAAUGCUAAUCGAUCGAGUGCCAGAUAUCGACAACAACUCAGAGGAGGGAGAAAAGCCGGAUCACUUCGAAGGGAAUGUGCGCUUUCAGGAUGUGAAAUUUAGAUACCCGUCGCGGCCAGACGUGCCUGUAUUGCAGGGCCUGCGGCUCCGGGUGAAGAAAGGUCAGACGCUCGCUCUGGUGGGUAGCAGCGGCUGUGGCAAGAGCACCACUAUUCAGCUGCUAGAGAGAUUUUACGAUCCAGUACAAGGCACAGUGAUGCUGGAUAAUAACGACACCAAACAGCUAAACAUCCACUGGCUACGGUCUCAGAUUGGUAUUGUAUCCCAAGAGCCCGUGCUAUUUGACUGCAGCCUGGCCGAGAACAUCGCAUACGGAGAUAACAGCAGGCAGGUCACUCAGGAGGAGAUCGAACAAGCUGCCAAGGCUGCCAAUAUACACUCUUUCAUAGAGGGGCUUCCUCAGAAAUACCAGACUCAUGCAGGUGAUAAAGGCACUCAGCUGUCAGGUGGACAGAAGCAGCGUAUCGCCAUCGCUAGAGCUAUCCUGCGCAACCCCAAGCUGCUGCUCCUGGACGAGGCCACAUCGGCGCUUGACACAGAAAGUGAAAAGAUCGUACAGGAAGCCUUGGAUAAGGCUCGCGAGGGUCGUACCUGCAUCAUAGUGGCUCACCGGCUGUCCACCAUCCAGAACGCUGAUGUCAUCGCCGUGUUUCAGAACGGUGUGGUGGUGGAGGAGGGCACGCACAAACAGCUUCUCAACCAGCAGGGGGUUUAUUACACCCUCAUCAAUUCCCAAAUGGGUUACAGCAAACAGGCAACAACUUGAGAAGAAUGACAGGGAAUCAGGAUGUUUAACUUUUCUACUGUAAAGAGGAAUGGUGCUGAUUAUACCAUUUUAGAUAAUCUGUUAUGUAAAACAGGUGUAAACAGAAUGUACAGUGCCUUCCACUAAUAUUGGCACCCUUGGUCAAUAUGAGCAAAGAAGGCUUUGAAAAAUUGUCUCUGUUGUUUAAACUUUUGAUCAAAAAAUUCACAAAAAUACUCUGCUCUCAUGGACAUCAAACAAUUGCAAACAAAACACAAGUUUAUAAAACCCAACUGUGUUAAAUAUGUGUGUGCAACAAUUAUUGGCACCCUUUUAGUCAAUACUUUAUGCUACCUCCCUUUGCCAAGAUAACAGCUCUGAGUCUUCUUCUAUAACGCCUGAUGAGGUUGGAGAAUACAUGGCAAGGGAUCUGAGACCGUUCCUCCAUACAGAAUCUCUCCAGAUCCUUCAAAUUUCGAGGUCCAUGCUGGUGGACUCUCCUCUUCAGUUCACCAAACAGAUCCAACCACAGCCCAUUUGAAUCUUUCUGGCAGAGGCAGUCAAGUUUUCAUUUAAUAUCUGUUAAUAUUUAAUAGUUCAUGAUGCCAUGUAUCCUAACAAAAUGUCCAGGUCCUCUGGCAAAAAAACAGCUCCAAAACAUUAAAGAGCCACCACCAUAUUUAACCGUGGGCAUGAGGUACUUUUCCAUAUGGCUACCUCUCUGUGUGCACCAAAACCACCUCUGGUGUUUAUUGGCAAAAAAAUCUAUUUUGGUUUCAUCUGACCAUAGAACCCGAUCCCAUUUGAAGUUCCAGUAGUGUCUGGAAAACUGAAGACGCUCGAGUUUGUUUUUGGAUGAGAGUAGAGGCUUUUUUCUUGAAAUCCUUCCAAAUAGAUUGUGGUGAUGUAGGUGACUUCGGAUUGUAGUUUUGGAGACCUUCAGGCCCCAAGACGCAACUAACUUCUGCAGUUCUCCAGCUGUGAUCCCUGGAGAUUUUUUGGCCAAUCGAACCAUCCUCUUCACAGUGCAUUGAGAAAAUAUUGACAUGUCGUCUCCCAGGUUGAUUCAUAACAUUUUCAGUUGUCUGGAACUUCAUAAUUAUUGCCCUGAUGGUGGAAAUUGACAUUUUCAAUGCUUCGACUGUUUUCUUAUAGGCACUUCCAAUUUUGUAAAAUUCAACAACCUUUUGCCACACAUCACAGCUAUAUUCCUUGGUCUAACCCUUUGUUAUGAAUGACUAAGGGAAUUCAGCCUAUGUUAAUUGGUUAACAGCCUAUACUCCAUAUUUAUACCCCUGUAAAACAGGAAGUCAUGGUUGAACAAUUUCCUGUUCCUAGUCACCCAGGUGUACUAAGAUUUUUGAAAAUAUCAAUGGGAAUAUACUUCAAAUAUAUUUUACUCAUAUGAAUUCAUAGGUGUGCAAAUAAUUGUUGCACACACAUAUUUAACAAAAUUUUUUUUUUUUGAAAAACCUGUGUUGUGUGUGCAAGUAUUUGAUAUCCAUGAGAGCAGAGUAUUUUUGUGAAUUGUAUGAACAAAAGCUCAAAAGUUUAAACAAUUGACAAUUUUCCCCCAGCCUUCUUUGCUCAUAUUUACCAAGGGUGCCAAUAUUAGUGGAGGGCACUGUAGAUGAGAUUGUAAGUUGCAGAUGUUAAUCUUCCUUCCAUGUGACAGUUGUUUUAAGAUUUAAAAGCUAUAAUAGAUGUGGUAGAGGUAAAAACAUGGUUGCAAGUAAAAAAAAAAAAAAAAUGACAGGGACAGUAGAUGCACUACUGAAAAUGUUAAAAUACUUUAAAAAAUAACUUCUGUUCACUGGACAUAAACUUACAGGUUAGAACUGAGUAUAUUUAAUUAUUUCACUCACUUGGUUCAGAUUCAUAAUCAGUUACAAAUCCAUAAUACACUAACAGCAUUUAUUAAAAUAACAAUUUCACCAUACUCAUUUGAUCAUAAUGACUGGGACAUAUAUGGAGUCUGAUUUUCAGCAAGCCAAAACAUGCCACAGGAGUAAUAAGAAUCAUUGGCUACUUUGGCACGAUUGAACAGAUGUAAUUAUAACUAAUAUAUAUUUAUUCAAUUAAUGGAGCUUUACAAAGAAAACAGGCACUUAAGUAGUUAAAGUGCUGAAUUUUUGUAAGUUCUGUGAUGGAACUAUACUGUGUUCUAAUAGUGCACAAAUAUUUUUAUACUGGCUCUCUACUGGUUUUGGAAUAAAGUUUCUCACGUUUA